AUGGCGGUACCAACUCGUCAUGCCGUCGCGGCAGAUGCGAAUACAUGCGGUUACAUCCCGUUCCCGAUGACUACUCUCAUGUUCCCGCAAAACGCCAUUCCGUACGCCUGCGUCAACCCCGAGACUGACUGCAUCUCCUCCGGGUCUUACAUGGGCUGCGGGAGCCCCAUACCCACGACAUGCGUGGAGACCGCCAAAGCCGUGAGGAGAUGCGAGCCUGGCCAACUCUGCUGUGGGCCACAGCCUCACACGGCGUGCUGGACAUGGCACUCGAUCGACGAUGCCGCGACUUACACGCUUCUUCAGUGCAGCUCUGCUUCCGGUGUCGGGACGCUGAUAUCAGAUUCCGUAAUGCCAGCGGGCACUUUGACCGUCACUACGAAGGAUGAAUCACCCAGAACCAGUGACGACGCCAAGACGACUGGUACGGCCAAGGUAUAUACUACCACAGCUGGGGUCUCUGUCACCACCAAGACCAGGCUUCUGGUACCAGACCUCCCUUCGGAAACCUCCAAUGCGGCUGGCGAAGCCUCGCCUGGCGCCAUCACAGGGAGCAUUGUUGGCGCGCUUGCCUUCCUAGGCAUCUUGAUGGGCGGGACAUUGUUUAUCUGGAACCGGUCCAGGAAGAAGAAGCGGCUGGCUCACGAAGCUGCGAUAGGGGGGCCAGUGACGCCCGUGAAGAAGAGGGACAGUAUCUUGGAGGUCCCGUAUCAUGCGGGGGCCAUCAACGUUCCUAUGCCAUCCAUAUACGGUGGCCGAUCGGAAAGGAUACCAAGAGCCGAAUCUGAUGUUCAAGAGAUUCCGACCAAGCCACCCCGAAGACCAGCGAGAAGUCCGGCAAGGAAGAUGAAUGUUACUGAGGGCGGUUGGAUCUGA